AUGUGGCAGCUUUUAGCAGCAACAUGCUGGAUGCUUCUUCUUGGACCUGUAUAUGGUUAUUAUAGGAAAGGACGCACCACAAAUCCUGAAGCUAAUAUGAAUAUUAGCCAGAUUAUUUCCUACUGGGGUUACCCUUAUGAACAAUAUGACGUUGUGACAAAAGAUGGCUAUGUCCUCGGAAUUUACAGGAUUCCAUAUGGAAGGAAAUGUCCCAGAACAGCUCCAAAGCCUGUCGUGUAUUUGCAGCAUGGUUUAGUUGCAUCUGCCGGGAAUUGGAUUUGCAACCUGCCCAACAACAGCUUGGCUUUCCUUCUGGCAGAUGUUGGGUAUGAUGUAUGGAUGGGGAACAGCCGGGGAAAUACCUGGUCCAGAAAACACUUGCAAUUUUCACCCAAAUCACCAGAAUACUGGGCCUUCAGUUUGGAUGAGAUGGCUAAAUAUGACCUUCCAGCCACAAUCAAUUUUAUCGUAGAGAAAACUGGACAGGAGCAACUCUACUAUGUGGGCCACUCCCAAGGCACCACCAUUGCAUUCAUAGCAUUCUCUACUAAUCCAGAACUGGCUAAAAGGAUUAAGAUAUUUUUUGCUUUGGCUCCAGUCACCACAGUGAAAUACACCCAAAGUCCUAUGAGAAAAUUAUCAUCUCUUUCCAGAAAAGUAGUCAAGGUAUUAUUUGGUGACAAGAUGUUCUCUCCUCACACACUUUUCGGGCAAUUCAUUGCCACCAAGGUGUGCAACAGGAGGAUAUUUCAUCGUAUUUGCAGCAACUUCUUAUUUACUUUGAGUGGAUUUGAUCCAAAGAACUUAAACAUGAGUCGCUUGGAUGUUUAUUUAUCACAGAGCCCUGCAGGGACAUCUGUUCAGAACAUGCUGCACUGGGCCCAGGCUGUUAAUUCUGGUCUGUUCCAAGCUUUCAACUGGGGAAACCCUGAUCAGAACAUGAUGCACUUCCAUCAGCUUACACCUCCCCUAUACAAUGUUUCGAAGAUGGACGUUCCAACAGCAGUGUGGAGUGGUGGACAGGAUGCUGUUGCUGACCUCAAAGAUGUUGAGAAUUUACUCCCUAAAAUUGCCAGGCUUAUUUAUUACAAGUUGAUUCCACACUACAAUCAUGUGGAUUUUUACCUUGGACAGGAUGCACCCCAUGAAAUUUACCAAGACCUAAUUAGAUUGAUGCGGGAAUGUUUGCCAAAUUAA